AUCGUGACAUUGCUGUGCAGUUCUCUGCUGCUUAUGUUUUAAGUUGAAAUCUCGUUUUUGUUUCAGAUUCUCCUUCUUCAGUGGUUAACAAACAGCUUGGAUCCAUGUCACUUGAUGAGCAACAGGAGAGUGAUAAGCCACGAGCAGGAACAGGUGAACCAGUGCUAAGUUUGCACUACAGCACAGAAGGAACGACGACAAGCACAAUAAAACUGGACUUCACUGACGAGUGGAGCAGCACAAAUUCGAGCUCUAGAGGGAGUGGAACUCACUGCAAAACUGAAGGCCAAGAAGACUCUGUAAAAACAAAAGCUCUGGACGAGUCGGGGCCUGAAGGUGAAGAAGCAAGAGUUCCUGAUGAAUCUCACAAGGAAGAUGUGAGUGCUGAAGAACUGAAAACUACAGAUGAAGCUGUAGAGACAACAGAAGCAACUGUAUCAGAUGAACCUGGUCCUGAGCAUUCUGGAACUCAACCAGAAAAAAACGGCCCCGAUGCUGACGCUGCCUCUGGGAACGUGGAGGAAGAAGCCUCCUGUGAAAGGAGUGUGAAUCAAGACACUUCAAAUCAAAGUACUGAAUCCACUGCCAACUUGCUUGCUGCAAGUGAUGAACCUCAGUCACACCCAGAACCCUCAGGGCUUGCAACUCCAGAUGAGUCCUCCACCAGGACCUCAGCUCUCCAGGAAACCGAUGACAGUGACGAUGAUCCUGUUCUGAUCCCAGGGGCGAGGUAUCGAGGAGGACCAGGACACAGAUAUAAUAUCAGAGGAACAGCGAUAGGUGAUAGAAUAAUGAGGUAAUUAAUUAUUUUAUUC